CCUUUUUGUUUUCUGUCAAGAGUAAAAUAGAUUUUUUCAGACACAAAUGUUGCUCAAAGCAAGCUCUAAUUGAAAAGUAAAGUUUGGACGAAUCUGCCGGAAAUGGAUCGAAGACGAGACGGACGAUCUGCCGACUCAGAAAGAGGACGAGAGAAGGGAGGAAUUGUUGAUUCUCGUCCUAGUGUAUUCUCUCGACUUGGAAACAAAAUACCAGGUCAAGGUGGGACUGCUAGAGGAUCCAGUGCUGGGGGUACAACUAGGAAAUCAGGGGCUGGUUGGCCGGAUGGCCGGCAGAGUUUGUCUCCUAAACGUAAAGAACCAGAGCUGCGGAAAGGAAAACCGGAACGUCCAAGAGGAUUAAAGGGUUUAAAAGAUUCUCCUCUUCUGGAAGAAAACUUCGAGGAGUGGAGUUCUAAGGAUUUGGAUGAUGAUGAUCAGAGUACACUGGAGAAGAAAAGAGAACUGUUACAGAGAGAGUUGGCUAGACAGUUAGAGGAGGAUAGAUUUAAACUUAAGAGACUGAGAUCCUCCUCAUCCUCCUCAUCCUCCUCAUCAACCUCGGGAUCCUCCUCCUCCAGUAGCUCCUCCAGUGGAUCCAACAAGGGCAAGAAAAAGGACGGAAAGAAGGUUAAAAAGAAGCUGAAAAGAGACUCUAGCGUGUCGAGUCUAGAUAAAACAAAGCUGAAAAAGUUGAAGUUAAAACUUGAAGCGAAAAAAAUGAAGAAAAACGACAAAGUAAAAAAGAAGGUGGGUGUAAAAACGAAAAAAACAAAAGUUCUGAAAGAGAAAAAGGAGAAGAAAGACGAGAAGGAUUCAUCCAAGAAAGUUGAACCUAAGCCAGCUGAGGCAGCGCCCCGGAUAAACUUGAUAAAACCUGGAGUUCAGGAGAGAGAUAAGUUCGGGUUCUAUAUAGCAGCUCCACAACCUCAGGUUGUAAAAUCCGUAGAAAGUUCUCCGGAGCGAAGACGGAGUAGAACUCCUCAGAAAAGAAAGAAAUCUCAGGAUAAACCAGAUCGUAAAAAGGAUUUAAAAAGAGAUUCUCCGAAAAUUUCAGUAAGCAAGGAUCGUAAAGGCCGGGAUAACAGCAAAUCUCCGGCGAGGAAAUCCCCCGGUCGAAAAAGAUCUCCCAUAACCAAGAAAUCUCCAAAUAAGUUCAACAGAGAUCGAUCUCCCUUAGAUCGAGGUAGAUCUCCAGCUGUCAGAGAUAAACGAGGUGGAAGCAGAGAUCGGAGAGAUCUGACAAACGAUCGAGGUAGGGAUCGCCAAGGAGGAAGGGACGGACACCGAAAAGAUGAUCGCAAAGACGAGGAUUUAAGAAAAGAUUUAGCACGCAGAGAUGACGACAAAAAGCAUGAUAUCGUGGACAGAAGGAAAGAAGAUAGAGGAUCUCAUGGUUCGGACGAAAGAAACCGGAGCAACCAGAGGGGAGAGAGGGACGACAGGGGCAAGAGAGACGAAAGGCGAUACGACUUUGAUGAUGAUAGAAGAAGAAGAGAUGAACGAUCCAACAUGGAUAGGAAAAAGGACGAUUUGCUCCUUGAGAAAAAGAGGGACGAGGAGAAAGGUCGGGGAAGAGAGAACGAUUGGAAGGACGUAGAUAAACGAGGUGGGGGUAAUGGGAGAAAAAAUCUAGAACGCGGGAAACUAACGGAUAGAAAUCUUGGAAGAUUUGAUCGAAGACGAGACUGGGAAGGAGAGGAGAAGAGAUUAGAAAGGAAAAGAGACGACGAGGGAGAUGCUAGAGAUUUUGACAGUAGAAGACCAAACUGGAAUCGAGGAGACAGUCCUCGACGUGGUAGAGGACGAGGGAAACGAGGACGAGCAGAGAGAAGAAUUGAUAUAGACAGGGGAGAAGAUGGAUGGAAGAAAGGGAGACAUGCGGCACAGGGACGUAAGCGUAACUCGAGCGGAAAGAAAGAAGAUUUAAAACCCAAAUCGCGACAAACCUCGCUUGAUAAGUCGCUAGACAUUAAAUUAGAAUCCCCGAAAGAUAAAUCUCCAGAGACAAAUUCAGCCGAGGAGGAGAAAGAGAAAACUGAAGGGGAGGAGAAAAUUGAAAACUCCGAGAGAAAAGAAACUAAGAAGGAUGAUAUUGAGAAAGGUGAAAACGCUGAAGGUUUGGUCGAAGAUUUCAGUGAUUUUGGUGAGAGUGAUGAAGAAAUCUUGAACCAGGAGGAUGAGAAGGGUUUGAGCAGACCAGACUCCAGCAACUCAAAUAAAUCUGAUAAACAGUCCCGAGUUCUUGAGGAUGGAAGUGAUGUUUUAGAGAACCUUGAAACAUUGAACAAAUCUGAUUGUUCUAAGAAAAUGGAAAUAGAGAAGGCAAAUGCAACGAUUGCUGACGCUCUGGGCGUGGAUUGGAGUUUGCUGGUGAAGGAUGAGAAGUUGACGGAGAAGAAGAAAGUGGAACAGGAGGAAGGGAUUGCCAGGAAGAAUUGGUCUGCUCCGGAGAUUAUCAGGAGAACGGGUUUGUCUAAACGGUUCCUAGGCGAGGAAGUUUACAACAGAAUCCUGGAUUCUUUAAACAAGAAUCUACCCGCAGAUCAAAAGGUUGAGUUACUAGAUCCAGUUCCUGGAUUCCACAGAGCUAAGGUUGCUGCAAGGGAGGAGGAGAAAAGAAUAUUUGCUCCCAGCUCUCAGAACUCAAGAGCAUUAUCUGCUAGAGGUGAUUUGUUAAUGCGGCGUCGUCUGAACGGACUCCGAUAUCCUGAAUUCACAGUACUCCCUGAACUCCCGAUACCUCGUGUACUCCCUGCACCCCCUGUAGUCUCUGUAGUAGAUACAAGACCAGAGCUCAAUACAACUCCUCCUGUUAUGGAUUCUAGUUCAAGUGUUGUGUCGGAUACAGUAGAUAGAUGAACCCUCAACAUCUUCAAUUUAUGUACACAAGGACUGUAUUGUACUGCAUAUGUACACAAUACAGCGUAUACAAUGUACAGUUUAUGUGCAGAACUAGUUAUUACGUUCUCAGAUACGGUUGUUAGAUUUGGAACUUUGUUUACAUAAUUUGUUGAUAUCUAAAUAAUCAUUCUUUAAUUUAAAUAAAUAAGUUUAAAUCUA